AUGGCCAGAAGUUCCGAAGGGGCGUUGAUGAAUGCGCAGGUUAUCAACGAGCCAAUGAGAGCUUUCCAUACCCGAAAAGGCGACGCGGCAGAGGUCGUCGGCUCGCGGGCUCGCGGGUUGCGGGCUUUUGUGUCCGCCAGUAAAAUGUCACCAGGGCCAUUUGAUGACGAUAUCGGUCGGUUCCCGCCUAGCAACGUCCAUGUUGACCGACACAGGCUACAGUACUCGCGUCAAGGUCAAGUCGGCAUAUCGCGCUUCCUAUCAAGAUGGGUGUCAGGGAGCAUGCUUGAUGCCUGUAGCAUCAAGGGGGCUGGUUUAGAGAACAACAUGUCAUUGCUCUGCCUCCCGGAGCGUGGUUGGCCAAGGGAAUCAGACCGGCGGUACGAAUAA